AUGAGGAAUACAACAGUCACUAAAGCAGCAAAGGGUAGGCCUCGAAAGCAUAAACUGACGAUUGCCAACAUAAAGAAAGCCAUUUCAAAAUUUAUUUCAAAAACAGAAAAGAUUAUCAGAUCAGUUGAUCCUGAUGCAAAAAUCGUCAUGUCUUCGAAGCCGACAAUCAAAAAAACUGGUCGUCCUAAAAAGAUCAUUGAAGAAAAGCCAAAAGUUCUAACUCCAUCCCCCUCCGUGAGUGAACAAAAAAAUUUUGUUCACUCACGUAGAGGGUUAAUUUUUUUUUUGUAAAAAAAUUUAUAUAUAAAUUUUUUAGAAAAUUUUUUUUGUUGAAAUUUUAAAAAAAUCCUAAUUUGCAAAAAUUGGGAAGCAAAUAUUAAUUUAAUUUAUAAAAUUUAUGUUUUAAAAUGCAAUUAAUUUAAAAUUAAACAGAAUUAGCUCGAGAUUUCAUUAUACUACUUAUCACUUAUAUAUCAAUUUUUUUUCAUAAAAAAUUUUUUCUAUUAAAAAAAUUUUUGUUCACUCACGGAGGGUGGGUUUUUGGGCGAAAAAAAUAGUGAUUUUUCUAAUGGUUUUGUUCACUCACUAAGGAUGGAGUAGAGAGACUUCCAAAAGCUCAGAAGGCUAAUUCUGACAAAGAAAAGAUUUAUGUCCCUCAGUUCAGAGGUAAUCCUUAUGUAGUUAGAAAUCUCACCUUCACUCCCUCCCCCUUUAAAUUGGAACAAAAUAUAGGGUAAAUUUUCCACUUUUUUGGUAAAUUAACCCCCCUUAAAUUGGAACAAAAUUUUAAUUUUAUAAUAAAAAAUUUUAUAUAUAAAAAUCAUAAUUUUUAUGUAAAAAGUUUUGAUAUAAUUUAAAUGUUUCUUCUUACUCCCCCCCCCCCAUCCUUGAUCGAACGACUCGCCAUCGUUCGAUCAAGGAUGGGGGUUAAAAAAAAUUUUUUUCGGGAAAAAAAAUUUAUAUAUAAAAUAAAAAAUAUAUAGAUAUUUUUUUUUAUUUACUUUUAAAUAAGAGGGUAAAAAAUUUAAUUUAUUUCAUAAAAUACCAAUUUUUAAUAUUUUGAUUUAUUAGUUACCCCUUUAAAUUGUAUAUAAAUUUUAAUUUGUUCCCUUAUUAAAUUAAUUUUUUUAAAAAAAUUUUAAAGAAUCUGUAUUUUAUUAGAUUAUUGAGUUUUUAAGCAUAUGUUAAUGACUAAAUCACUUUGGAUAAUUGAUUCCGCAGCUUUCUGUCGUCUCAAAGCCUCUGAAAACAACUUCAUUAUGUACAUCUUCCCAAGCUUUUGAUAAAUAAUAUAUUUUUAUAUAUAUAAAAUUUUUGCAUGAUAUGAAAAUCGUUCGAUCAAGGAUGGGGUUAAUUUCCCCAAUUUUUAGGAAUUUUUACAGUCAAUCGUUCGAUCAAGGAUGGGGGGGGAGUUAACUAAAAUUAAAAAUUUAGUUGUAUCCUGCUCUUGUUUAAAGAAUAGAGUAUAAAGAGCAUCUUAUUUAAAUAAAUUUAUUAUCCUUAAUUGCAAAUUUUUAAAAGCAUUUAAUUUUUUUUUUUAAAAAAAUUUUCAAAAAAAAUUUUAUUUUUUUUGAUAAAAUGAUAUUUUUUAUUUAAAUAGCUUUGGUAUAAAUUCAAUACGAAUUCUUUACAAAAAUUCAAAAUUUACUUAUCUCUUGCUUUAUUUUAAAGAAUAGAGUAUAAAUAAACAUCUUAUUUAAACAAAAUUAGCACUUUGAUUAAUAAAUUUUCUAAAUUUUUUUUUUUUUUAAUUUUUUUUUUAUCAAUAAAAAUAAUAAUUUUUGUGUAAAUAGUUUUGAUACCAAUUAAUAGUGGCGUAUUAAUUAAUAAUAAAAUUUUAGUUAUAUCUUUGUUUUAAAUGAUAAAGAGUAAAUCGCAUUUUAUUAAAACAAAUUUAUUAAUCUAAUUCGAUAAAUUUUUGAAAUUUUUUGUUUUUUUAAAAUUUUAUAUAAAUUUUUUUUUUUAUAAAAAAUUUUCUUAACCCCCCUUUAAAUUGGAACAAAAUUUUUAGUUUCAAUUUAAAGGGGGGGGGAGUCAGAGAUAUCUGAUAAUCAAUCAAUAGAAAACACUGAUGAUGAAUUUUAUGAAGAGUAUCAUAUGGACUCAGAAAAAAUUGAGUCGCUGCUAAGAUCAAGACCAGAUAUCAGAAAGGUUAAGGCUCAUGGGCGUUCUACUAAUGAAGUCCAUAGCAAUGGGAAAACUUAUGAAAAUUUAAAUAGCAAUUUGAUGAGGUUUGAGAUGUGCACUCCAACUGAAAUCAUGAUGAAUUAUUGGACUGAAGGAAGCUGUGGGCUUCCAUAUCAAAUUCAAGAUCCUAUCGAUGAGAUGAUUAUCGAUCUUGACAAUUAA